AUCUCACCUCACGCCUCGCUCCUUCCGACCCCCGCCUUCUCCCGUAAAACCCCGCCCCCUCCCCCCCCCUCCUCGCUCCCGUUCAACAAAGCUAGGGUUCGCCCCGAUUCUGGUCCCGAUCCAUGGAGCCCCGGGAUGGGGAUCUCCAGGACGCCUACUUCCCCCAUCCUUUCGACGACGCCGUCGUCCAGCGGACGCCACCUCCGCCGGUGUCUCCGGAUGACGAGGAGGCCGACCAGGGAGACGCACAGGUGGCCGGUGCCUACGAGAUGGACGACUCCCAGCUCGUCAGCUCACCCUUCGCCCUUUCGCCCGCGUUCGAGCCGAGCCAGGAGGACGCCGCGGGGGAAGAGGCCCUGCCGAUGAGCGAGGCGGCGGCUGCGGUGGCGGCGGUGGAGGCCUCCGGCCCCGUGAAGCGGAAGCGCGGCCGCCCCCCGAAGGCUCACGGCGCCGGCAGGGUGCCGGUGCCGAAGAAGAAGAAGGAGGAGGAGGAAGUGUGUUUUAUUUGCUUCGAUGGUGGUGAUCUCGUGCUAUGCGAUCGUAGGGGUUGUCCCAAGGUGUAUCACCCGGCUUGCAUUAACCGGGACGAGGCCUUCUUUCGUUCGCGUGCCCGCUGGAACUGUGGAUGGCAUAUAUGCAGCACCUGUCAAAAGGCUGCCACUUACAUGUGUUUUACCUGUACGUAUUCUCUGUGCAAAGCUUGCAUUAGAGAAGCUAGAUUUUUUUGUGUUAGGGGCAACAAGGGAUUCUGUGAAGCCUGCUAUAGGACUAUAAUGUUGAUAGAAUCUAAUGGACAAGAUAAUGAGGAAAAGGUUAGGGUAGAUUUUGAUGAUAAGAGUAGCUGGGAGUAUUUGUUCAAAGUGUAUUGGUUAACUCUUAAAAGAAAGCUAUCAGUAACAAUUGAGGACCUACAUAAUGCUAAAAAUCCGUGGAAAGGAUGUGAUACUUCUAUGUAUAAUGAGGAAACUUCUGAUGAGUUAUAUAAUGCUAAUGAUGACCAAGAAGCUAGCUCUGACAGCACUCCAGGGCAUCAUGAAGGUAGCAUUUCCUCACGUAAAAAAGUUCGAAAACGUUCUAAGAAAUCUGCUGAAAUUGAAGUUCCGGCCCAGGAUGUUGAUAGUGAAAAUAAAUCUUUGUCCGAAGACAGUAAAUGGGCUUCGCCAGUGCUCUUAGAAUUUGUAGCACACAUGAAAAAUGGUGAUAAAUCUGUUCUGUCUCAAUUUGAUGUUCAAGCCCUUUUGCUGGAUUACAUCAAACGAAAUAACCUUCGUGACCCUCGUAGGAAAAGUCAAAUCAUUUGUGAUGCAAGACUCCAAAAUAUGUUCGGUAAACUACGUGUUGGACAUUUUGAAAUGUUAAAGCUUCUGGAAUCACACUUUUUAAUCAAAGAGGCUCCGCAGAUAGGUAUGGAUGAUAACCAAGGGGGGACUAUAGAUUCUGAUUCUGGUCAAAUUGAUGCCGAAGAACACAACAUGACAAGUAUUGGUUCUGAUAAGCGGCUGAAGACCCGCAAAAGAGUUGGGGAGAGAGAACUGCAGGCCAAUCUUGAUGAAUAUGCAGCAAUUGAUGCCCAUAACAUCAAUCUGAUUUAUCUGCGUCGCAAUUUAAUGGAGGAUCUUAUUAAUGAUGACAAUUUCAGCAAAAACGUUGUUGGCUCUUUCGUGAGAAUAAGGAUUUCUGGUGCAGGUCAAAAGCAAGAUAUGUAUCGACUUGUUCAAAUUAUCGGCACACAUGUGCUUGCAGAAAAAUAUAAAUUGGGCAAGAAGACGACAGACAUUGCACUGGAGAUAUUGAAUUUAAACAAGACGGAAAUCUUAUCUAUUGAUUCCAUCUCAAAUCAGGAUUUUACAGAGGAGGAAUGCAAACGCUUGCGACAGAGCAUAAAAUGUGGCUUGAUUAAUAGGUUGACUGUGGGGGAUCUUUUAGAAAAAGCUCAGGUUCUCCAAGAAGUGAGAGUUAAAGAUUGGUUAGAAAAUGAGAAGUUACGACUCAGUCAUCUUCGUGAUCGGGCAAGUGAAACAGGCCGCAGAAAGGAGCUUAGAGAGUGCAUAGAAAAGUUGCAGAUUCUGAACAAACCUGAGGAAUACCAGCGUAGAAUUAGAGAAGUUCCAGAAAUACAUGUUGACACCCAUAUGGAUCCAAAUUAUGAAUCUCCAGAGGAAGAAGCAGAUAAUAAGAAAGAAGAUAAUUUUAACAGGUCAAGGGGGUCUUUAUCUCGUAGGAAGGGAAAAGAGUUAAUUUCUCCGGGCAGAAGAGGGUCCAUCCCAAAUUACCAUUUGAAUGAUGCGACUAAAAGUUUGAGUACCAGUUGGACGUCAGGUACACAAACAGGAGGUGCAGAAGAAAAGAUAGAAACCAUAGUUGCUCUAGGUGAUAGGAAAUGUGAAAUAUCACGGACUGAGAGUAAUAUUGGCUGGACAGACAGCUCGGGAACUCUGAUGAAUGGUAACAAACUUGUUACUGGUGUUGAACAUCCAUGCGGUGUUGCACCUGACACUAUGAUCUCCUCUCCUGGAGUUCCACUGCCAUCAAAUGUCUGCGAGAGUGAUAAGGUGUGGCAGUAUCAAGAUCCUUCAGGAAAAAUCCAGGGACCUUUUUCAAUGUCACAGUUGCGCAAAUGGAGUUCUACAGGUUACUUCCCACCAGACCUUAGGGUAUGGCUAAAAUCUCAAAAGCAAGAAGACUCUAUGUUACUGGCUGAUGUACUGCCAGAGUUCCUGAAAGACACACAACAGAAAGAACCUCAACUUACUAAUUUUAGCCAGCCCACAAAUUUUGUUGCUGAAGCAAAUACAGGACAUAACUGGGAUAUAGUUUCGAGAGGGGACACCAAUCCACCAUCUGUAGGUAUCAAGCAAAACAACCACUGGAGUGCAAACCAGAAUGAUAUUACCAUGUCCAUUGCUGGUUACAAAAUGUCAAAUGUUGAUAGAUGGGCUCCUCAGGCACCUAACUACAUUGAACCAAGGAGGGAGUUGAUGAUAACUGAGGAAAGAAGGAUCGGGAUAUCUCCAAGAGCUUGGGAAUCAACAAAGGAUUCUAAUGCUUGGUAUGGCCAACACACAAGUCAUAACAACCCAAGCACCAAAAUUUCUGUUCCAUUUGCUGGGAAUCCAUAUGAUACACCAGCCUACCAAGUUACAGGGGGGCAAGCAAGUAAUGCUGAGGGACGGAACAGGAACCAGGAGCAUGGAAGUUCAUGGAGCUCAUUUAGAUCCAAGCCAACAAGACCUAGUGACCAGGGUUACGAUGAGCGACAUUCUAAUUGGAGCUCUUCGGGCCAACAUUCGUAUCAAGUUUCUGCACAAUACCAGCAAAUCCAACCGGUGAGUUAUUCCAAAAGACAAUGGGUGAAUGAUGCACACAAUCCACCUACUCCUACCCCACAGCCAAGUGGCAUGGUCUGGACAAGGGACCGAGAUCAUCUGAGUGCAUCUUCCGCAGCUGCUGCUAUUUCUGUUCAAUCAGUGGGCUGUGGCUGGGAAGCCACUCCAAGUGCUGAGUUCAGUGAAUUUGAUCAGUUGGCCGCUGAGUCCAUGGAAGGCAAGGGAAGUGUUCCAGAAAUGACUUCCGCUGGAGGCUGGGCCAAGACAUCUUGUAAUUUGCUUAACCAAUCUGCAGCACGAGAGGUUUGGGGUUCAGGGUCCACUGCAUCAUUAGCAACUUCUGGUGCUAAUCAGAAUUUUGGCAAGGUGGACAAUUUGGAUGAACCAUCAUGGGCUAGUAAGCAGGAGAAGCCUUUUGAAUCUAAUGCAACUACUUUAAGUGGUUCCUUCACGAAAAAGAGCCAUUUUUUUGAAAGCUCUUGUCCUAGUCCAACUCCAAGUAGUGAGAGGGAUGACAUUCCUCUGUCCCAGAUAAGUGAGCCUGAUCCCGACGAUAAGUGGAAUGAAGCCUCUGGAACUCCAACUGCAGAAAGUGAGGCAAUAGCUCCUGACACUACAGUUCUUGCAUCCAUGCCGUUAGAUCUGAGUGUUCUUUCUUCUCAGGUAGUCAGAUCCAUGGAUGAAAUGGCAGAUCAAAGCACUGAGAUCGAAAAUUUGUCUCCUUUUUCUUCUGCAACAGAGAACAAUCAGCUUUCUCUUGCAGGAACAAGUGACGACCUGGGAAACCUUCCUUUAAGUACUAUACCUGCAGCUAAACCUGAUGCAGUGGAGUCUGUUUCAGUUCAAGAACCAGAUUCAAUGGUGGGUUCCCAAGUAGUGUCCGAACUGAAGGAAGCCAAAUAUGACCUAGAUGGUUUACAUGCCAGUGUUUCAUCUUCAGGCAGUGGACUAGAUCAGAAUCAAGCUAAAAAUCUAGAAUGCUUUUCUGGUUCCAAAUGUGUCUUGGAAGAUACGAAGUUGCCAUCUCCAACGCCAGCUUCUGAGCCUUCUGGACGGGUACUUGCUAUUGAUUCUACUUCAGGAAAAAGCCAAAGUGACACAUUGGGCUCAUCUGAUGUUUUUCUUGCACCACUAUCUCCAAUCAGAUCAGAUCCAUCUACAGGCCCUGCAGCAUUUGGAAACCCUGCGUCCAGCAUGGCUGAAGGUGCUUCUGACAAAGGUUGGACUCAAGGGAGUGCAAACAUCAUUUGGGGAAUUUCUGGGCAACGACAGACAAGUACGGAAACAGGUUGGAUGAUGCCCAAGCAGAAAAGGACUAGUGCAAAUACAAGUUGGGUGACACCAGCACAGGGAAAUAGAGAAGAAAAUUUAGGUUGGGUAACCCAAGGAAACAUGAACCCAAAUGCUGGAUGGGGAGUACCUACUGCAUCAAGCCCAGGUUCUAAUCUGGAAGAAAGCAUCAAGGCGAACUCCGAAGCAGAGACCGGUUGGGGAGUGCCAGGAGCUGGAAAUAUAAACUGGAGUCCACAGAAACAACAGGGAGAUGACGACACUGGUUGGGGAACAGCACUUGGUAGUAACAACGCUGGCUGGAGUUCAUCCGCCGGGUAUCAUGACGUCUUGAUCUCACAAAAGAGGCAUGGUGGAGACAGGUACCACGGAGGCAGAGAACCAGGUCAUGGUGGUGGGAAUAACCCACGAAACAAGACAUACAUUGGAGGUGAUGGAGGUGGAGGGUGGUCGCAACCACCUCCUAGAGGACAAUGGCAAGGGCUUGGCCGUGGUCAUGUCCAGCGAGGAGUGUGCAAGUUCCACGAGAGUGGACACUGCAAGAAGGGUGCAUCAUGUAAGUAUUUGCAUCGAUAACUUGAGGUGUAAGAUUUUUGGCCCUCUUUAUUUUCUUCUCUUUUUUCUUUCUUCUAAAUUUCUACCUCUAACAUUCCCCCUCCCCCUCCCCCUCCCUGGUGUUGCACCAUCAAAGACUUUGCCUGUCCAUGCCUUGUGUCUAAAUUACAUGAAAUCAGAAUGCAUAAUCUCAACAUAUUUAAGGUGUGUCCACUAUUUGAACACUCCGUUUAGGUGGUUUUUAUCUUUGUAAGCUACGGUAAGAGUCAUUGAAGCAUGACAGGAAAGGAAAGGCAGGGCAAGCUGAGAUGAUUAAAUAUGAAUUUGACCCACUGAUAGGGUUUCUUUUUUAUA